AGGUUAUGUGUACUUUGUGUUUUGAACACAAAUUUUUUAAAAUUUUGUAUAAAAAUGGAAGUGUCAAAAAAAUUAUCGUCACUACAAGAAAUUUCAAAAGCUCAAUUCUCUAGAAUCUUAAACUUAGUCUCGAGCAAAAAAUUUUUAAUAAUAGAAUCAUCUUUAAUAAGACCAUUAGAAAAAGUUUGUGGUGUGAAAUGGUUAAAGGGAAAUGGCGUAGAAAAAAUAUUCAAGUUGGAGUCAAUAAGUCCAAGUUCUGAAGGAGCUUGUAUGUUUUAUAUGAUAUAUUCAGAUAUUAGACUCUUUAAACAAGUAGUGUGCCAAAUACGAUCUCAAGUUGACGAUAUUGAGAAAGCAGUAAAAAAUAAAUUUCAUAUUAUUGUGAUACCAUCUUAUAACUGUUCAUAUGAGAACGAAUUAGAAGAAUUAGGUUUACUCCACAGUGUUAUAAGGAUACAUAUGUUUCAGUGGAUGCCUAUUUAUUUAGAUGUAGGGUUGCUCAGUUUAGAGAUUCCAAACAUAUAUAGUUCAUUAUUCGUACAUCAGAAUUUAACAUAUCUACCUGUAUUAUCAAAAUGUUUGUGGCAGCUGAGUUUUGUUAUUGGAAAACCUAGAUUUAUUGUAACACUUGGUCAAUAUUCAAAAUCAUUGUUAUCUCAGUUUGACCAGUACUGUGAAGAUAAAGGGGAAAGUGAUAGAUUGGAAUCUGAUUUUGGGGCAUUGAUAAUAAUGGAUAGAAACAUUGAUUAUACUAGUGCAUUACUCACACCAGGUACAUACGCUGGAUUACUAAGUGAAGUAUAUACAGUCAACUCUGGUAUUUGUGAGAAAAAACAAGAGGAUCUAAAGAAACUAGAUGAAAAGUGCAAUCCCUUACCAGAAAUGCAACCGAUAAAAUUCUGUUUAGAUAGUAAAAAAGACACAAUUUACUGUGACAUUAAAAAUAGAUUCUUCACAGAAGUUACUUCAGUUUUGAGUCAUUUGACAAAAGAGUUAAGGACAGAAACAAUGAAUUCUAGGGAAAUGGCAUUAGAUGAAAUAAAACAUUAUGUACAAACUCAAUUACAAGCAGCUAAGACUAAAAAAAAGGACAUAACAAACCAUUUACUUGCAGCUGAAAGUAUAAUUAAUAUACUAGGGCCCAGAUAUGAAGUUCAAAAGUUUAUAGAACAAAAUAUUAUACAGGAUACUGAAAGAAGUUCUAAUUUGAAUUACCUUGAGAAACUUUUAAAUACUGAAAAUGAUAAAUUGUUAACUUUAAGGUUAUUUUGUUUAUUAUGUCUUUUUCAACCAUUAAGUGAAAGCGAAAUUAAACAGUUUUGGUUAAAAUUUCUCUAUCAAUUCGGAUUCCAUUAUGGGUUUGCUUUUUACAAUUUGAUCAGUGCUGGUUUUGUUCCAGAACCUGUUAAAACUAGUUCUACAUUAAAUUUACAUGGAAAAUUAAAAAUUCCAAAAUUUACUUCAAGCAAUUAUCAUUUAAAUGCAAAAAAUAUGAAACAAAUACCUGCCGACCCUUCAAAAGUCAAUUUCAAGUUUCCCACAUGUGCUAGUUAUGUUUUCGCUGGUUGUUACAUACCUUUGAUAACCCAAAUAGCUGGUAUGAUCUUGAAUUCAGUCCCCAAGGAUGAAAUUAAAGCAAAACUGGAGGUUUUAGGACCAUUGUUGAUAGUCGAUAAAGGAUAUCCUUUACAAUCAAGGGUAGUUCUUAUUUAUAUAAUAGGAGGAGUUACAUAUGCAGAAAUAGCUGCUUGUAAUUUAUUAGAGACUCUAACAGGAGCUCAGAUAUAUAUUUUGAGCGAUAGAGUAAUAUCUGGUAAUGAUUUAAUGCAGGCUAUUUUGGAUUAUCCUAAAUAAGCUCUCUGUUUAUAUAUUCUCAUUUUUUUAAUUUAAAAGAACUAAAAGAGAAAAUAUAUGACUAUAUUUUAAUCUAUAUCUACUUUCAUAACUAUUUUGUCCAUUAUUUCUUUAUUGAUAUACAUACUUAAAUUUAAAUCAUUUUGUUCAUCCAUGGCAUAUAUGGUAAAAUAUUCUUUUAUUAACAUUUUUCUUUUUACAUAUGUUAUAGCAACUUAGUACAUAUUUUUUUUAAUAGAAAAAAAUCUAAUCAAUUUUCAACUGACUUGCUUUUAGUUCUGAUUGGGUGUUUCGAUAUCGGUGAUUCAUAGAUUCGUUCGACAUUAUAAUGAGACUGCACUGACGAGGACAGGGCACAAGUCGGACAAUUAGUCUUAGAUGACUGUUUUAUAGUUAUGCAGACUUUACAACCGUCGCCAUAUAGCUGUUCAAAUCCGAAAUAGUCCAGAAGUUUGUAACUUUAACGUAAGUUAAAAAGACGGUUGAAUGAAGUGGGCUAAUUUCUUAGGUGGCAACAAAGGUCCUAAAACUCUACAUAGAUCAUGGUAUAGCAAGAUUAGCAUUCGAUCGGGAGCAUCGAGUUUGAAUAAAUUUGUAGUCAUGUUUUAUUGAGUGAAUGAGAGGGAAAUAAUGUGGAGACAGAUAUCAACAAGCAAAUUUCACUGAAACUAUCAUUUAGUGAGAGACUACCUUAAUUAACUAGUGACCACGACCGCUACAUAUGAAUCUGAUACAAAAUGUCGGGGACUACCGGAGAAAAAGGCGUUUCGAAAAAUAAAUCCAGUUUCUAAUAAUAUCGAAAAGUUUAAAUUGGCGUUGGAGGACUGGGAGAAUUUUCCCCAAGAACUUAUCGACAAUAUAAUUCAAAGCAUGAGAAAUCAUGUAUAAACUGUAAUUAGAGCCCGCGGAGGUUUUUUUUCUAAUUUAACAGAUUGUAGUUUUAAAGAAAACAGUUCCUUUUCAAUCUUUAUAAUAUUGGUUCUAAUUCUUCAAGAAUUAGGAUAAAGAAAAAAUUGAAUUUUUUUUAUUCCAGUAAUUGUGUUUGUAUGUUUAUAAUCUAAUUUAAAUCUUUUUAAACUUUUUAAUCACUUAGUUAAGAAGAGGGUUUAUUAAUUUUUUUUGACUGGGCAAUGAAGUGACAAAAUUAUUUAAUUAUUUAUAAAAAAUAUAAAUAUAUUUUUACAAUGUUGUUAUUCAGUUUAUAUUCUAAUUAUAAUAUAAAACUGUUUCUCUCUA